AUGGCUCCCGCGGCGGCGCGGGUCCUCCUCCUCGUCCUCGCCGUCGCCUCCUCCCUCGCGGGGCGCGCGGGCGCGCUCCGGUCGCUGGGCGUCGGGGACGGGGCCGGGGCCGGGGCCGCCGCGCAGGGGGACUACGCCGUGGACCUCAACGCCACCAGCUUCGACGCCUUCCUCACCGCCUCGCGGGAGCAGUUCGCCGUCGUCGAGUUCUUCGCCCACUGGUGUCCAGCUUGCAGAAACUACAAGCCCCAUUAUGAGAAGGUUGCGAAACUUUUCAAUGGUCCAGAUGCUGCACAUCCUGGGAGAAUACUGAUGGCUAGGGUUGAUUGUGCAUCAAAGGUGAACGUAGAUCUUUGCAGUAGAUUUUCUGUUGACCAUUAUCCUUUCCUACUUUGGGGACCCCCACCAAAAUUUGCUAACACUAAGUGGGACCGGAAGCAAGAGAAAAGCGACAUAAAAUUGAUUGAUGAUGGAAGAACAGCAGAGCGUUUACUUAAGUGGAUAAAUAAGCAACUGGAAAGCUCGUUCACUUUGGAUGACAAAAAAUAUGAGAAUGAAAAUGUGCUUCCAAACAAUGCUUCAGAUCCUAAGCAGGUUGUUCAAGCAAUUUACGAUGUUGAGGAAGCAACAGCUCAUGCGUUACAGAUAAUUUUGGAGCACAAGAUGAUCAAAGCAGACACUCGUGACUCUCUGAUAAGGUUUUUACAAAUUUUGGUGGCUCAUCAUCCAUCCAAGAGGUGUCGAAGAGGAUCUGCUGAGCUGCUUAUUAACUUUGAUGAUCACUGGCCUUCAAACCUCUCUUUAAGUUCACAAGACAGUUCUAAAUUGUUGGAAAGUGUUGCAGCAGAUAACCACAAGAUCUGUGGAAAGGAGGUGCCUCGCGGUUACUGGAUGUUCUGUCGUGGAAGUAAAAGUGAAACAAGAGGAUUUAGCUGUGGUCUAUGGGUUUUGCUGCAUUCACUUACUGUCCAAAUUGGGGACGGAGAAAGCCAAUCAACCUUUACAUCAAUAUGUGAUUUCAUACACAAUUUCUUCAUCUGUGAGGAAUGCCGCAAACACUUCUAUGAUAUGUGCUCAAGUGUGUCAGUUCCCUUCAAGUCAGCCCGUGAUCUCAGCCUCUGGCUAUGGAGCACGCAUAACAAAGUUAAUGAGAGGUUGAUGAAAGAAGAAAAGGAUAUGGGGACUGGCGAUCCAUCAUUUCCUAAGGCUGUCUGGCCUCCAAAGGCACGCUGCCCAUCUUGCUAUCGUUCUUCAAGCAGGACGAGUGACGGGGCCUUGCAGGUUGACUGGAAUGAGGAUGAAGUGUUUACAUUCUUGGUUAACUACUAUGGGAAGACGCUCAUAUCAUCCUAUAAAGAAACCUACAUGGAGUCUCUUCAAGGGAGGAUGCAAGUAGGGGCGGCACUUCCUGACGAUGCCUCCUCCUCACAUGCUGCAAGAGUCCCGAUUGGAGCUGCCCUGGGUGUUGCAGUUGCCAGCUGUACAUUUGGGGCACUAGCUUGCUUCUGGAGAACCCAGCAGAAGAACAGAAAGUACUGCAAAGAAAGAACUGGAACUGAAAAACAGCCCACCGGUUGCUCACCGUGCACUUCAUCAGAGGUGGCCUCCGUGAAUGUAUAUUUCUUGGAUGGGUUAAAAAUCUUGGUAAGUAGCUCACAGAUGAAAAUCCAGUGUUAG